UGAUUUGAUUUGAUUCGAUUCUAUAUUUUCUCCGCUUCAAAUUACUUCAGAAUGUUCCAUUUUUUUUAGUUUUUGGUUGAUGAUUAUGUAAUCUCUCAAUAACAUCAGGGUGACGUGCUUCGUCUCCACCUAUCUAACCUACCGACUCCGUUGCUGUUAUCAAUUAGUUUAUCUUAUAAAUCCUCCCCAAGCGCUUUCCUUUCUCUUUCGACUACUCGUAAGGAGGUCUGAUGGCUGAACUGGUUGGUCCCCGUAUUUAUGGCUGCUGCAACUGCCGAAACCACGUUUGCCUUCAUGACGAUGUUAUUUCCAAAGCCUUUCAGGGAAGAAAGGGUCGAGCUUUUCUGUUUUCUCAUGCAAUGAACAUAGUUUUGGGCCCAAAGGAAGAUCGACUGCUCAUGACCGGACUUCACACGGUCGCCGAUAUCUAUUGUCGCGAUUGCCGUGAGGUUUUGGGUUGGAAGUACGAAAGAGCUUACGAGGAGACUCAGAAGUACAAGGAAGGCAAAUACAUACUUGAGAAGUCCAAAAUCAUCAAGGAGAAUUGGUAACUUCUUUUAAGUUGUUAAAGGUAAGUUCUUGCUUCUGAAAUCAAAGAUUAUAAAGGAGAACUUUUCCUACCAUUUGUGGUUUCCAAUCUCUUCAAAACACAAAAAAUUGAUUUUGAUGGUGUCUGCCGCCCAUAUUGUACAUGUGAAUUGAUUGAAUGCUGUCUACUUUGUGUCAUUCAUGUUGUUUAAUGUCGUGUUCUGUAUGCUGCUGAUUUGAUUGUAAAUAAUCUGCAAAAAUGUCAUAUUGUUAUUGUAAUUUGAAUUCCAUGGUUUGGAUGAAGUAUCUAAAGUUAUCCAGUU